GGCGGAGCGACGAGCCGAGUCCCGAGACAGGCUACGAGCAAGAGGAGGUCGCAUAAUCACCAAGUUUGUAUUCACAUUCACGGUCAUCCGGCCCAUGAGUUGUAUAGGAGACGACAGGAAGUGUCCAUAAUAAGACAAUAAUUGAUAAGGUGUUACAGUUGUGCUUAUCAGUGUGUCAAGUGUGAGUGAGAGAGAGAGGAGGUCUGAGAGGAAUAGUUUUUCAGACAGUAGGUGACCGUUUUAGACCGUGGGGGAAACGUGAGACCGACUUUGGAGACCGCUUCAAGAACUCCAUUUUGCACGACCACUACUUCAUGGUCAUCGUCAUUCGUCAUCCACAAAUCCCACAAAUAUUUCUAAAUUAAUUCAUACAUCAACGUUGUUUAUUAUUACUGCUUCCCUCAGUGUUGCAUAAUAAUAAUAAAACCACAACACGAAACGAAGACAUGGCAAAAAUACAUAACCGCAUAAACAGUUUGGAAAACCAAGUGUCUGGAUGUGUGGAAAACUUGGAAGUUUUCUCCAUUCAGCUGACAGUGAUGCAGGACUUUCUUCAGAAACAAUUUGGUUCAAGAUUUGUUGACUAUGCCAGCAAUCGAGGUGUGUAUUUUGAAAAACCAAUUCCUACUACCUCAAAUAGAUUGCUACCAAAUCCAUAUUGUUCCUCCACAAAGACGGGGUCAGCGUCCACGAUAGCGACAACUUCGCAAAGCUAUGAACGUGAAUUUUCAGUAGAAUAUACUAACGAAGUACAAGACACUUCGGACCCAUUGGCAUUCGUCGAAAUUAUUGACGACUCGGAUGGAUAUCAAUACAACCAAAUUGGAGAGUACGAUGCUAGUGAAGAAUACGAAUAUGAAGGUGAAGAAGGUUAUUAUGACGAGAUGAAAAAUGAACAAGCUGAUGGGAAUGAAGAGUAUUAUGACGAGGAAGCCGUUGAAUAUGGCAAUGGGAAUGAUGAAGAUCACGAUAAUUCAGGUCUCGUAAUUGUAAAUUGUAUCAGUGAAAAGAUUAUUAAGAAGGAAAUGGCUCCAGCUAUUAGAUUACCAAGUCCUCCUCCCAUCACAGCGCGACCCCCUCCUGCCCGAACAUACGUUAAAUCAAUGUCGGUCGCCCAUCCGAAGACAGCAGGCGUAGAAACACACAAAUUACGAUUACCAUCUAACUUUUUGGGGGGUCGUAAGCGCCCAGCUGCCUCGAAUUCAUUGGGAGAAUCAAAUUCUUCUCCACUAUCAAAGAUGCCCUAUCUUCACCCUCAAGUAAUUGCCCCACCGCAGCAGAUAAAUAAUACGGAUUCUCAACAAGAUGAUUAUGACGACCUUCUUGGUCUCACUACUAUUUCUACUGAUGAUGGAGGAGCAUUAGAUGGUAUGCUGGAUGUCAAAAUGGAAAGGGUUGACCCGGAAUGCAACGAAGAUCUCCGAGAAUACUAUGAUGUGCUCCCAGAUAAGUCUGUUCAGUGCAAAAUCUGCGACAAGGUCCUCAAAGCUGGAUGGCACAAGUAUGGUAGACACUACAGAACUCAUACCGGCGAAAAGCCCUUCUCCUGCGCCCAGUGCGGAGAAAAGUUUGCUAGGAAAGACAACAUGAAUAACCACAUCAAGUCAAAACAUGAACAGAAGCGUCAACGACCCAGUUCAAAUGAGAAUAUUUCUUCAACUGAUGAAUUCUCUCCAAUGUAUUAUCUAUCCUCAGAACUUUGCUAAACAGUUAUGUUAAAUUUUUGAUAUUAAAUAAUUGAGAGGUGUAAAGGCUGACCUGCCUUAUUAUGUUUCAAACAAAAAUCCAGUAAUCAUAAUUAAGUUUUUUUUAUCAAGUUGCAAACAAAAAUGGUCAGUUUUCUGUUUUUUGUUGUUGUUUCAAAUCACAUGGUACUUACUACUUACAGAUCGAUGGGGGUCACGUACGUAAUAAUAAUUUAAAUUAGACGUAGGAUUGACGAAAAGUUUUUUCUUCCACUUGUUUUUGUAUCAUUAUUAUGACAGCCAAUCAGGCACAGUGACUGCUUUAUUCAUAAUAUUCAUAAAUCUGACCAGCAGCAGAGGUACUAUUUAUUCCGUAAAUUGUGUUUUUAAAUAUAAAUAGUUAAUUUUAUAGCUGUAGAAAAGUUGUAUUGAUAAAUAACAAUUGUAAUAAUACUACUUAAUAUAGUUUGUCAACAGAGUAAACUACUUGUUUUUUAUAAAAUUAUAAAACACAAAAUAAAUGGGAGCACGCUGCUGCUUGCAAAUUAAA